CAUGGCUCCCGCCUGGCCCUGCCUGCUGCUCUGCCUCGGCGCCGCGGCCCUGCGAGCCGGCCCGGCCCCGCCGCGCAUCCGCCUGCCGCUGAGGGGGGGCGCGGCCCCGCCGCCGGGCCCCCGGGCUCGCCGGGCCCCGGAGGAGGAGGCCGGGCGGAGGGGGAGCUUCGUGGAGAUGAUCGAUAACCUGCGCGGCAAGUCCGGCCAGGGCUACUACGUGGAGAUGACGGUGGGCAGCCCCCCGCAGAAGCUGAAUAUCCUGGUGGACACCGGGAGCAGUAACUUCGCCGUGGGAGCCGCACCUCACCCCUUUCUCCGGAGAUACUACCAGCGGCAGCUGUCCAGCACCUACCGCGACCUGCGGAAGGGCGUGUACGUGCCCUACACGCAGGGCAAGUGGGAAGGGGAGCUGGGCACUGACCUCGUCACCAUCCCCCACGGCCCCAACGUCACCGUCAGAGCCAACAUCGCUGCCAUCACCGAGUCGGACAAAUUCUUCAUCAACGGCUCCAACUGGGAAGGGAUCCUGGGGCUGGCCUACGCUGAGAUCGCCCGGCCCGACGACAGCCUGGAGCCCUUCUUUGACUCCUUGGUGAAGCAGACCCAGGUGCCCAACAUCUUCUCCCUCCAGCUUUGCGGGGCAGGCUUCUCGCUCAACGAGACGGAGGCCCUGGCCUCGGUGGGAGGCAGCAUGAUCAUCGGUGGCAUCGACCGCUCGCUGUACGUGGGUGACAUCUGGUACACGCCCAUCCGCAAGGAGUGGUACUACGAGGUGAUCAUCGUCAGGCUGGAGGUCAACGGGCAGGACCUGAACAUGGACUGCAAAGAGUAUAACUACGACAAGAGCAUCGUGGACAGCGGGACCACCAACCUCCGGCUGCCGAAGAAGGUGUUUGAGGCUGCGGUGAAAUCCAUCAAAACAGCUUCCUCGACAGAGAAGUUCCCAGACGGCUUCUGGCUGGGGGAGCAGCUGGUUUGCUGGCAGGUCGGCACCACCCCCUGGCACAUCUUCCCUGUCCUGUCCCUCUACCUGAUGGGGGAGGCCACCAACCAGUCCUUCCGCAUCACCAUCCUGCCCCAGCAAUACCUGCGUCCAGUGGAGGAUGUGGCCACCUCUCAGGACGACUGCUACAAGUUCGCCAUCUCUCAGUCCUCCACCGGCACCGUCAUGGGCGCAGUCAUCAUGGAGGGCUUCUACGUGGUCUUCGACCGCGCCCGCAAGCGCAUCGGCUUUGCUGUCAGUGCCUGCCACGUGCACGACGAGUUUCGGACGGCCGCAGUGGAGGGGCCCUACCUGCACCCCAACAUGGAGGACUGUGGCUACAACAUCCCGCAGACGGACGAGUCCACCUUGAUGACCAUCGCGUACGUCAUGGCAGCCAUCUGCGCCCUGUUCAUGCUGCCUCUCUGCCUCAUGGUGUUUCAGUGGCGCUGCUUCCACUGCCUGCGGCGGGACCACGACGACUUUGCCGACGACAUAUCCUUGCUGAAGUGACACCGGAGCUUGGGGGCAGUCCCGGGGCCCGCAGGUGAGGUAGCAGGGCAAGGAGAGGUAGGUCCUUUUUCUGAAGGCUGGAGAACAGAGGCAGGACAGCAGCGUGGGGAGCUCAGACAGUCAGCCGAAGCCCUUCUGGCCCCAGGGGACGCUGUGCCCUUUGGGUCUAGCGGGCCAGGAGUGACCCACUGCCAGGAGCAGGCCAGCCUCGAGGUUAGGCCCUUGUGUCCCUGGGUCACCAUCGCCUAGGGCAGCAUUUGGGUAGCAGGACAGGAGAGGGAACACCAGCACUGGGGAGCAGGUGGAAGUCUGAUCCCUUUAACGUUAGGAUCCCCCUCUGUGCUCCAGGGCUUUGCCCUGGUUCCUGACACCAGCCACCCCUUGCUGACCUGUAGCUGGCCACCAGCACGUGUUCAGCGUGUGCUUGCAGCCUGUGGGGAAGCAGCGUGUGCGAGGGCAGCCCCGGGAGCCCCAGGUUUCAGCUGCUUUUAUCUGGGACCUGCAGAAACAGUGUGGGAGCUGGGGGGUGACAGCACAGCAACCCUGUCCCGCCUGCAGCCCCCGGUAGGGCCGGGUACAGGUCUCUGCUCCGGUACAAGGAUGAGCUGGGCUUCCCCUAGCUGUCCUGCCCAGGCCUGCCGAGCGUGACAGUCAGACUGAUGAGCCAUCCCAUGUCUGUCCCCUUCCCCCUCACCCCGUCCUGCCUACCUGCCCUCCUCAGCCUGCUCCGCAGGGAAGCUGCUGGCCUGGGCCCUCCGUGUAGUGACGUGUGCGUGUGUGCAUGUGCGCUGUGGCUGUGCCUUCCCCACGCAGCUCCCCUCCCCAGGACGCCUGUGAGCUGGACUCCAGCGAGUGCGUCUCCAGAGCCUCCAGCCCCAGCCCCGGGCUCUUGGGAAAUACCCCACGGUGCCAGCCUGGAGCUGCCCGGGGACGUGGGAAGGCAAGCAGGGGGCUUUCCUAGCGGCUGCUCCCAUCCUGCUGCUCUCCUGUGUACCGCUCGCUCUAACAUUUACCGUGGCAUUUCCCUGCCCUCCCGGCCUGUCCUCCCUCUGCUGCCGGCCCCAGGCUCUCUGCUCACCCCGCCCUGGCUGCCUCCCAGGACGGGCACCCAUCCUGCCCCUGCUCCUUCCGAUCACCACGGCCCCUCUGGGGACCGGGAACCGCCUCACCUCCAUUCCAGCACCAACAGCGUUUGCCGCGUAGAAGCUGGUGGCUGCUGCCCUCCGGGCCUGGGGACAACAGCCUCUGCUCCGGGACACGGGGCUCUCCUCCCUGCGCUUCGCAGCCCUCGGACCGCACGGGGAACGAAGGAAGGAGCUUUCCCCUCGCGCGCUGCACAGCCUGGAACAAGCAGAAACCGAGUGCCGGGAGGCAGCCGAGCGCUGAAGCCCAGCGCCAGCCCGUUUCCCCGGCCCACUCGCCUGUUUGAAAGCCAUAGGGGAGCCAGUGCCGGGCUCGGUGGCCCCCGCCUGCAGCUGCUGCCUUGCCUCGCCUCACCAGCCGGCCAGACCCGCGGCGGCUCCGUGCUGCUGCGCUCGCGCCACGCGUCCUCGCGCCCCGGCACCAGACACGCUCGGACCCGGGCUCCUGCUCUCAAGGCAUGAGACACCCCGGCAGCUCUGGGCAACGGGAGGUGGCUCUGGGGACUGCAGCGGUUAUUAUUUUUUAAACACGUGGUUGUAUUUAUUAUUUUA